AUGGACAAUAACAAACCCCCAGAAUCCACCGCCAGUACCAUUAACCCUUGUACCAGUGAGUCGCCGGCAAGCGGCACCGCCGUCUCCGACCCCAUCCGAUCACGAUGGACGCCGAAACCCGAACAAAUCCUUAUACUGGAGUCCAUCUUCAACAGCGGCAUGGUUAACCCUCCUAGAGAAGAAACGGUCAGAAUCCGAAAACUUCUUGAAAAGUUUGGCUCGGUUGGCGAUGCCAACGUCUUCUACUGGUUCCAAAACCGUCGGUCGAGGUCUCGUCGUCGACAGAGGCAACUGCAGGCUAGUCUGGCUGCUACGACUAGCGGCGCACAAGCUGGUGUUGCAACUUCCGCAUCUUGCUCGUCAUCGAGCUUAGAUGCUUCGUCGUUGGCAUCUUCAUUUGGUUCUUCAUCAUCAUCUUCUUCUUCUUCCUCCUCGGCGUCGGUUGGUUCAGUUUGGUGUGAAAGUGCUGAUGAUCUCUUCUCCAUUUCACAACAAAUGGGUUUUGGGGAGAUGAAGAUGACGACAAAACUUUGCAUGAUUUUUUGCAACACUAAACUCACCACACAAAAUUACAAUGCAGGCACUGUAAAUGUUUUCAUUAAUGGGAUACUUACAGAGGUUCCAAGAGGACCAAUUGACAUGAGAAGUAUGUUCGGCCAUGAUUUGCUAAUGGUACAUUCAUCUGGGGAGGUUCUUCCAGUUAAUGAGUAUGGGGUUCUAUUGCAAAGCUUACAGAUGGGUGAAAGUUAUUACUUGGUAUGA